AUCUCACACCCGUUGUAUUCUGGGAUUUCAGCUCAUAGUGCAAGUAGCAACUUUGCUAGCCUAGCUAGCUAUCUGAUUAUGAACAAUAACAUUGGCAUAGAACAAAUGUCUUAGGAAAGAUUUAAACCUUUUGUUUCCAAUAAAACGGUGCAGAUUAUUUUUUGCAACAGUCGCGGAGUUUAAACUGUUGCUAUUUGGCAACAGUAUUUUUUAACUAGUUAGCUAAACCUAGCUAUAUUAGAAGCGGGCAGACUGGCAUUAGGUAGUUAAGCCUUCUGUUGUAAUAAAGUUUGCUGCAAUGACAUCGGCUUCCACGAAGGUAGGUGAAAUUUUCUCGGCGGCUGGUGCUGCCUUCAGUAAGCUAGGGGAACUUACCAUGCAGCUGCAUCCAGUAGCCGAUUCGUCUCCUGCUGGAGCCAAAUGGACAGAGACAGAAAUUGAGAUGCUGCGUUCAGCUGUGCGGCGCUUUGGGGAUGAUUUAAACAGUAUCAGUUCAGUCAUUAAGGAACGCACAGUUGCCCAGAUUAAGACCACAGUGAAGAGGAAGCUCUAUGAGGACAGCCGGGUUCCCCUCUCAUCUGAGCCCUCCAAAAAAACUGUGAAGAAAACUGCUGUUGCCCUGGCCACAACUCCAGCAGCCAUGACUCCAGGCAUGGUGACAGGCCCAGCCUCACAAGUUGUUGUGACAGCAGGACGGCAAAGCACUUCCCCUUUACCACCCACAAUCAAGAAACCAAAAACCGCAGAUGUGACACUCAGUGCACUGAAUGACUCUGAUGUCAACAGUGACUUGGUGGAUAUUGAAGGACUUGGAGAGGGUUCUAACAAAAAGCCCAACUUUGAUCAGGAGAGUCUCAGUCUGGACUCCAGCCUCAUAAUGAACUCCAGUGAUCUACCUUUACUUUCACGGUGAAAACAAUCCAGCAGUCAAUCACAACCUAUACUCGAGAAGAUCAGCAGUACAUGUGGAUAUAGUUUUACUUGGUAAUCAAACAUACAUUUACAGAUGCUUGAACCAGUUUUUGUCUACAGAAGACAUGUAUAUAGCCUGGAGUUGAGACUGUUUAUACUGGUUGAAUACUGAAGACAGAUGGUCCAUUCAUAUAAUGACCACAUUAUUUUUUAUUUUUUACUUCCAGUAUUAACCUCUUUGCUGAUAUAAAAUAUUUGUUUUAAUUUUGUAUUUGAAUGUGCUUUAUUUCCAGGAAGUGCUAUAACUGUAGAGCUGUUAUAUAUGUUUUACCCUUUAGGCCAACCAUGAAUAGGCAUGCAACAGCUGAAACAGUACAAAGAUAAGCUUAGUAUAUUUCACCCACAAUUUAAGUGCAGCUUCACUUGUACAUAGUAUUAUAGUGAGUUUCCUUUUCCGGUGAUGCACAAAGUUGAAACAUUUCUUACAUUUGUUUUGUUUCAUACAUCAGAACAGAAGGGGUUUACUUUAUCAAACAUCUGUGUUCUCAUUGCACAGUGAUGACUUUUGCAAGCUUGUAUGACUGAACUUUGCUUCUUUCAUACAAAGGUAUUGUUUAGGUUUUGGAACUGGGCUCUGACUUAAUUUGUCAUCAAAUAAAAACCUUUUUAAAUUGCAGCUUUAUUUUAUUGUCACAUCUUUAUAUACAAUAUACAUAUUAAAAUUGUUCUGCACUUCUUAUCCACUGGAAAUGAGACUACCAGAUGUAAUACUCAGGGAAUGAAUAUACCUUCGUUACCUGUUUUAUAUUACAGUUUCAUAAAAAAUACAUAAAAUAAUUUUUUUUUUCUUUUGGCAACUAGAACAUAUUUACAUCUCAAACA